AUUUUUCGAAGGGACACAGAAAUUCAAAAUUCAAUCUCAAACCGAUCAUGCUCUUAAUAAGUCAAAUAUUCAUUGGACUUGUGUAAAUACGACACGAAAAUUAAUCGGCUAAAAGUCCAAUUAAUCAUUACGAAGUACGUAGUAGUUAAAUUAUAUAUAAAUCCCUCACUGUCGAUGCCUGCUUCUUCUCCUUAUAAUUAGCUUCUUGAAGUUAGUGUAUAUCAUUCCAGAAAGAAACUGAAUAAGUUCUUAAACUUCUGUGGUAUGGGAGUUUUCCCAUCAGAGGAAAAGAAGGAUAAAAUGGCGGAAGAAGAAGAGAAACUGCAGCCUCUCCUGGAAGCUUCUCCCGCCCCAAAAGGUGGCUUCAGAACCAUGCCCUUCAUUGCUGGAAAUUUGGCAUUGAUGACAAUGGCUAAUUGUGGGUUAACUCCGAAUAUGAUACUCUAUCUGAUGAGGGAGUAUCGAAUGGAUAUGGCCACUGGCUCAAAUGUGCUAUAUUGGUGGAAAGCAGCUACACAUAUCACUCCCGUUGUUGGAGCUUUAAUGGCAGAUUCUUUUGUGGGUCGGUUUCAGAUGAUUACCAUUGGGUCCAUUAUUAACCUUUUGGGUAUACUUCUGUUUUGGCUAACAACUAUUAUACCACAAGCAAGGCCGCCUCCUUGCACUGAAUUUAACAUCAUUUGCCCUUCUGCAACAACUCUGCAGCUUCUUCUUUUAUACCUCUCCUUUAUCCUUAUAUCCAUUGGUGAAGGAGGAGUAAAAGCUUCUUCCUUGGCAUUUGGAGUUGAUCAGUUAAAGAAUAUCCGAAAUGAUGGGAGAGCAAUGGAAAGCUUCUUUGGCUGUUAUUAUGUUGUUAAAACGGUAUCCCUUAUCAUUUCCUUGACUUGUUUGGUCUAUGUCCAAGAGAAAAUGGGAUGGGAAGUUGGUUUUGGAAUCCUUGCCUUGCUUAUGCUAUUUGCUACUAUUUUCAUCCUCUUGGGUUCUCCAUUCUAUGUGAGGUCAAAGCCCAAAGGAAGUUUAAUCACAGGAUUAGUUCAAGUGGUUGUUGCUUUUUACAGAAAGAGGAGCCUCAUGAUCUCAUCCAAUAAUGGAGGUCUUGUGACAUACCAUCAACAAGGUAACAUGAUAUGUCCUCCAAGUGAAACACUAAGGUUUCUGAAUAAGGCUUGCAUUAUAGAAGAUCCCCAACAAGACAUAAACCCAAAUGGGAAAGCAUCUGAUCCAUGGAGUCUUUGUACAGUAGAGCAAGUAGAGGAUCUUAAAGCAUGCCUUAAGGUAAUCCCAAUAUGGGCCACUGGAGUUGUAAUGAGCAUAAACUUCAACCAAGGCGCUUUCUCCACGCUUCAAGCGACCACCAUGAACCGCCACAUUGGGUCAUCAUCUACUAGCUUUCAAAUCCCCACAGGCUCUAUCAGUCUCUUCUCAUACGCCUCGAUCAUAAUGUGGCUCGUGUUAGAUGAUCGAAUCAUUAGACGACGUCUCCGUUUCACCCCGGUGGCGAGAAUGGGGUCGGGGAUCUUGCUCUCUUUCAUUUCUGUUGUGGCAACAGCCUUGGUUGAGGCUUUCCGGCGGAACCUGGCUAUAAAGGAGGGAUUCUCCGAAACCCCCGGGGGCAUUGUAGAUAUGUCAGUUCUCUGGAUCAUACCACACUCGCUUAUCGGGGGGGUUGCAGAGGGAAUGAACGCGGUUGCUCAGAAUGAGUUUUACAUUUCAGAGUUCCCGCAAAGCAUGUGGAGCAUAGCGUCAAACUUUCUCGAGCUAGGGAUGGCAGUGGCGAGUAUGCUUGCGAGCUUUCUGAUGAGCAUCGUUAAUGAGGUCACUACAGGUCUGGAAGGUGGGAGCUGGAUAUCGAGCAACAUAAAUAAGGGUCACUAUGACUACUACAAUUGGGUGCUUGCUGGAUUGAGUCUGGUCAAUCUUCUGCUUUUCUUCUUCUGCAGUCGUGCAUAUGGCCCCUGCCGGGAAGGGCGAUGUUGAUGUAGAGUCUUCAUGAACCCCUCUAUUGUCUUGGAUAGUAGUUUGAUAGUUUGGUGUGAUCUGGUCUGGCGUAAUGUUUAAUUUCUUUGUAAAGUCCAAAUAAAAACAUUACCAUUAUAACACAACUUUUCCUUUUUAGUUGAAUUGCAUCAUUUUGAAACCCUG